CAUUUUCACGUUUGUAGUAUUAAAGAGGACUUAUAAGUCUGCUCACCCUGUUUUACGUUAAGGGAAUAUUUAUUACAGCAGCUCGAGGUUUGUCGGAGACACUUACACUAUUGAUGAUAUUAUAUUGAGUGAUUGAGAAUUUCUGUCCGAGACAAGGUUUUUUAUUUAGUCUCUUUCACAGCAAUGAAGAAUUGUGCGGUCAUAGAAUCAUGAGUACGUGCAAUAAGAAAGGGAGUGUUUUUCAAUAAAGUAAAUUUAUAAGCAUUUGUACCAAGUUUGUACUUUUUGCCAGGACUCAAUUUAUUCUCUUAAUGGGACGGACGUAUGCAGAAGGUCUGAGGGAGAGAUAUCCAAUAGAAUUGCACUAAAUUUCACGUGAAAUCUCGACCUUGAAGACAUGAAUUAUUUGACACACGAGGGGUAUUUAAGACGAAUCUUGUGCAGCACAUCUGCAGAAACAGUGAUGCUUUCCUUGCAGAUAUUGCAUUGAUACAACACACAAUACAAUAACUUUCAAUAACACUAAACUGAUAUGCCUUAUGUGAAAACUGUUUGUGAAGUAUAAAUAAAACUCCAUUGCAGACGAUUUUACUUAAGCCAGAAACUUGCUUGGAAUUAAUUCCGUUGUUUUCAGGAACUGGAAAGAGGGGUGUGUGAUUCCAUGUUAUAUAAAGAGAUGAGCUAUAAUGCACGAGAUAGCACGAGACUUGCACAGAGAGAAGAAAUUUUGUAAACGCUGUGAUAUAUUUCUACUUGGAUAUUCAAAUGUUUUAAUAAUACAGUGUCAAAUGUGAAUAACAUAUGGAUAUAUAACGUGAAACAAAAGUACAAGGAUAUAUCAGUUUCUGUGCUAUUAAUGAUUAAAUAUAUAUGAAAAUAUAAGAACACUGGGAACAAUUUUAUAUUGGGAUAUUAUGUUAUCCAAUAUCGGUCUGGGUCGACAGACGAUCGUUCUGAGCAAUGUACACCAUAAAUCAUUUAUUAUCGUAGGAACAAGUACUGCAAUUACUGGAUAUUGACCUGUUGGAUAUUAUCCAAGACAUUCAAGACUAUGGCCAGUGAAUGGUAUAACCCACUAACCGCCUUCUGUUUAUUUUCCGUGCUGCUGGGGUCGAGUCUAGGAGAGAAAUUCUACCAAUACCGGGACCAUAGGGAUCAAGCCAUGUAUGAAAGACAUAAAUCUUCGUUGUCAGUCCAUAACAAGAUCGAAGCUGAGCAACAGUUAGAAAAAUAUGGCUACCUGCAUUGUCAAAUACGAGAAAGACAUAGAAGAUCACUUUUUCCAGACUUCUUCUCAGAGGGAGGCGCAAACACGAGACAUGGAACAAAUCUUGAGGGAGGUAAUCUCCCUCCAUGCACAUCUAGAAAAAUUAGAAAAGCAAUAAGACUAUAUCAGAAAAAGUAUGAUUUACCCGAAACGGGUGUGUUAGAUCGACGGACAAAGAAAUUAAUGUCCACAUCAAGAUGUGGUAACUCUGAUGAAGACGAACCAGUUGUUAGUGCAGUUUCUGAAAUCACUGAUAGAACUAGUAAUGGAGAGAAACUGGGUCACUUUACAAGACAAAAUAGUGAAGCAAAUAGUCUCCAAAAUGCAUUAGGUGAUUCUUUUAAAAAUCGACCUUGGAAAAGGUCAGCUUCUAAUACAAAAUUAUUAAAUGUCAUAUCUGGAACUUCUCGGAGUUCUUCAUCUAGUCUUGAACGUCGAAAAAGAUAUUUACAUGAUUAUAUCAAUAGAUUAAAAAAUGAAGACCCUACGAUAGUUAAAAAUGAAAAUAAACUUGUUAACAUUAAGAAACGAUCAGUAAAUAUAAUGGAAAAUAUAAUUAAUAACACAAUGGCUAAUAAAGCAAGUCCCUUAGAUGGUCAAAAAUUUGAAAAGCAAGUGAUUAAAUGGAGAUUACUAGAAAGUGGUUACAGUACAAGAAUACCAGUAGAGGACCAAAGAGCAACCAUUGACCUUGCUUUCAGAAUGUGGAGUGAAGUCAUACCUUUGGAGUUUGUUGAAGAAACAUCGGGGGAUAUCGCUAGUGUGGACAUUGAAGUGGCAUUUGGAACUGGUGCACAUCAGAACUGCAAAAGAGACUUCGAUGGUCAUGGCGGUGAGAUCGCCCAUUCCUUCUCCACUGGUAACAUGCAUUUCGAUGACGAUGAAUUCUUCAAGACAAUGCGGUCUUUCACUUCAGACGGUAUCUACCUAUUGAGAGUCGCUGUGCAUGAGAUAGGUCACGUGCUUGGUUUAAUGCAUACCAACAAGAAGUAUUCUAUCAUGUAUGCAAUUUACGAGAAGGAAAAUUCUGGACCAGAGUUCGAACUCGGUUGGGAAGACAGAAAAGCAGUGCAAAGAGUAUAUGGUGUUUGCAAGGGUCGCUUUAACACUGUCUUUGACUGGAUUCGUAAAAAUGAUAAAGGCACCUCCUUUAUAUUCAAUACCUACUUUUUCCGUGGAAAUCACUACUGGAUGUACGAGAACCAUGCCAACCGAACCCGCUAUGGAGAUCCCCUCUACAUCACGACGGAAUGGGCUGGUAUUCCAGAUGAUCCCGAUGGUUAUGCCCAAGUAUUUUACAUUUCUGGCAGUGAUGUGGAGGACGAUGCAUAUUUCUUUAAAGAUGAUGAUGUCUACAAGUACGACAAUGAGAACGACAAGUUGUACGAAGGAUGGCCGAAGAAAAUCCGAGAUGUAUUUAAAGGCAAAGACGGCGGCGAAUCAGUUCCGGAUAAUAUUGAUUCAGUUUUCUUCGAUUUGAGAGACAAGAACCUUUACUUCUUCAAAAAUGAUAUGGUUUACGUGUUUGACCCAAAGGUUCCAGAAGAAUCUCGAGGAUGUUGUCUGAGGAAAAACAAGAUACAGGAUGAAUUUCCCGCGUCAGAAGGCAGCCAGACACUCCCAGAUAAUAUUGACGCCGUUUAUUAUUCCCACAUUGACGAGUCACAGUUUUUUAUUAAAGAUGAGGACGUCUGGCAAAAUAUUGCUUUCCAUCCGCGACAAAAACACACGACUAACAGUGUGAAAUACAUAGGAAAAUGGUUUGACAAAUGGUUUGACAUUUGCGAUGUUACAACACAUUCGACGCAUUUAUUUGAUUUUCAAAAGGGUACCUGACAUGACUUAUAAGUAAAAUUAUUCUCUUAAGUAACGUGAUACCCAAAGUCAAGUAAUUGACAGAAAAUAUGAUGACUGCUGUAGUAUAUGUAAGAUCGAUAGGCAAACUAAAGAGACGGCAUUUUUUUGUAAAUAACAAUGUACAAAGCCAAACAGUAGUGUUAAGAACGAUUAUUCAUAUUUUGAUUUGAAAUAUUGAAAAGCAUAUCCAUUGUUGUCGUGCGGUUGUUAUCUAUUGCAGUUCAUGUCGUUUUAAAUUGCUUCCCAUCUUGUGGGCAUGCGCGUGCAGGUCAUGUGAUAAAUGUCCUUGGCGGGAAAACGACUCUGAAAAUCAAUAAAGUGCUGGCGUUGCGGUUUAGAUGCAAGCAUAAUUAUGUAGACGUUGUUGUCAAGGGUGUUAUACGGAAACAUGGUCAUAAAAAGAUUGAUGGUGAUUGUUGGACAUAUCAAUUCCAAUAUUGAAUCUGCUUAAAAUGUGGAUCACUGGAUAUCAAAACGAUAUGUAAUACAAUCGAAGAAAAACCAUAUGUUGUGUAUAACACCUUGUGGUUACUUGCGUUGUUCUACCAAAGAAUUAGUAACAGUAUUUUAUCUGGAAAAGAACGAACAGUUAGAGAAGUUAAUAGAAUAGUUUUGCACGGAAGAGACUGUAAAAAGACAGUCAAGAAACAAAGACAAACUCAUUCGAUGCAAAAAGUGUUGCAUAAGUAAAUGAUUAACGGUGUCAGAGUUGUUUGAAAGACUGUGAUUGAAGUCACUGUGAAGAGGAGUAGACAAAUGCCAGUAUAAUUCAUAGAGUCAUUGUAUAUAUUUUCAUUUUUCGUUUUUACCGCUUAUGCACAGAAGCAUAGCAUAAGCAUUUACAAAAGCGCCGCCAUGCUUUUGAUUUGAUCACCUUUGACAUAUGUUGUUCAUAAUUUGAAUUUGUUCGGUUUUGAUUAAUAUUUAUAGAUAAUGAUGGUUUAAAACAUGCAUGAAAACUUAAACGAAGAGUCAAAACGAAAAGUUUCUUUUGAAUUAAGUGAUUUCACUUCAUGUACAAAAUAAAGUUGUAAAGAUGUUUAACAAAUAUGUAUAGACGAAAAAAAACGUUUCCUAACACAAUAUAUUAGGCCCAGAAAAAUGACAUUUUGUUUGUUUAAUAUCCGCAUGAACCAUUACAAUGUCACACUGUUUUACAAUCUUAAUGACGUCAUUUCUCAGCUGCGCACAAGUUUACAACAUACAAACAUUCCUUAGGAAAGUAAAUACGAGAUAAAACGUUUGAGAUAUAAUGGUGUUAGCCAAGGAAACGCGCUAAAGCUUUUAAAAAGCUUGGUCAGAUAUUGUUCCUUCAGUACUAUUUUAACAGUAAAGUAUCACGUGAUCAUGAUAAUGUCCAAUCCAUAAUCAAACAUAUACAUUGUAAGGACAGAUAAGGUACUAUAGAACUGCACAUUCCCAAUACAUUAAAAAUAUGUAUUACACUAGAAUAUUGCUUAAUCAUCCAUUAAAAUCUUACCUAGUCAGCCUGUAUCAUGUUUUUAGCAAGGCGGUUAUUUGUUGACCUGAAAUGCUGAUAAGCAUUGUAGAUACUUGUAUUAGAAAGUUCAUGAAAUAUAAUUAAUUCUGAUUUUGAUCAAACCCAAUAAACUAAAAAUCUACACAGUAAUUAAAAAUAUUUUCAACUUUAAUACUGUUUAGCAAACUUUGAUGCUGACAGAUUUUGUUCAGGAGUAUCUGUAAUAUUUCGACUUUAAUCUACAGACAGUAAUUAUUUGUGUGUGAAUAAAUUAAUGCAAACAACUGAUUUUUUGUAAUACGUAACGUCGUCCGACUGUCAGUUUAAAAAAACGCUGAUGAGCCUUCAGGCUUUUCAUUUUUUGCGUUGUCAGUAUAUAUUUGAUAGUCAAUAUUAUCAUGUUACACACAUUUUCUACGUAAGCUUUGCUUGCUAUUCCUCGAAUCUGACCCUUUUUGUAACCUCCAAUUUUGGAAACUAUUUGAAUUUUAUUUCUUGUUAUUUAUUUAUAAAGGCAUUUGUCUGAAUCGAAAAAAAAAGAUCGUAAGCUUAAUAUUUAUGAACAAAAAGAACAUUUACGGGAGAGAAUGUGUGUCACGAUUUAACUUUAAAUGUUGUGGCUGUUUAACGCUUGUACAUUGCAUUGGUUUCUGUGAUAAAUGUAAAAACCGACACGAUAUGACCGAGCGUUUUUAAACCGGAAAUGAAAACUGCAAAGACUACGUUCUUCUGGGAAUAAAAGGGAGAUAAAUAAGUAUGCAUAUAUCGUGCCUUCUAGGAGCACAUUAAGCUUUCUCUAGAGCAUGCUUUUCAACGUUGAAGUGAUAGGUAUACAUUACUAUUUUUAAUUAGAACGGAUGUCUCUUUUUUGUCUGAAAUUUGAAAAAUACUGUAAUGAUUUCCAUUUUGGUUAGAAGAACAAAUAUCUAUUUCCACACUGGAAAUGGAAAGAUUAUUUUGUUGAAAAUACAUUUCUGAUUUGCAAGUAGGAUUCUAGAAUCUCUUCUUUCAUUGAACAUUUUCGAAGAAAAUUUAGGUUACUACAAUAUAUACCAUGACAAUAACGUUAAAAUGUGCUCUCCAGUUUACGAUAGUUUACAUACGAACUUUGUGGAAAGAAGGACUGUGAUAAAAGUCUCGAAAAGUUCUGAAGACGGAAAGUUUAUUUAUGCCUAAAUUGUGUCGAGCCAUAAAGUGUUUUUUAUCUAUUCUAUUUGAUAUUUUAACAUUUAAGACCACCAAUUUCUGCGCAUUGUCUUGCUUACAGACGUUGAAGUAACGUUAAAACACUUCAGUCUGACAAGAUUUUAUCUCCGACUAUGGCAGUUCUAGUAAUGGUCUACUAAAUUUACAAAUGCAGCAAAGUUAAUAAUACGAAUUACAAAAAUAAAACGACAAAAGAGAAAAUAUUUGGCAGCUAUCAAAUUUAAAUGGCAAUUUUCUAUUAAGGUAUUUGGCUGGUAACGACACUCAGCAAUUUCCAUGGGAUAAUGUUUUCUCGGUAUGCAAUUUGGUAUUCUUCGCUAACAAUGUUUUCCGUAAAAAGAACCCCGGAGAAUACCGAAGUUGCACGCGGUGAAAACGUAAUUUCCCGAUUGUCGUUGCGGGUCCGCCACCUUAACACUCAUGCAAAAGAAAGAUACAAAAUCAUGUUAAACAGUCUUUCCAUAACAGCAUUUAUUCAUAUUUGAUUUAAUAUAUAUUCUACUUCAACCUUGUAUAAACAGUUUAAUUAGGAAAUGCUUUUGUACGUCAUUUCUAAAGCAUUGUAAAAGAGGAUAAGUUUUGUGAUUAAAAUACAAUUAUUUUGAUAAUGUUAUUUAAUCUGAAUUGAAAUGUAAAGUCAUUAAUUAUGCCUGUGUAUAUUUUUCUUUUAAUUUUACAUUUUGUGAUUUGUGUUACAUUUUAUAAAGUAUAUUGUUGUUGAAAACAGAGCAGUAUUUUAUUGUUUUCUGAUUUAAUGUUUAUGCAUUUUGCCAGUUUUAAGUUAUUUUGAUGUCGUCGUUCUACAUGUUAUGGUAUAGUAAAUACUUAUAUAAAUCGCCAGUCCAUAGUUUGUGCUAUUGACCAGUAUAUAGUUCAACACUAAAAUUUGCUUGACUGAAGGUCAACCCCUAAAGAAAAAAUCUUGAAACUGCAUUUCUGAUGUCAUGUAAUAAAACACGUAUUGAAUAGUUUGCCCGCCAAUUUUCAAAAUCAUUGACAAACAGUUCUUCGGACCUCGGGCAAUAGGUUUGACUUUUGACCGACAAGCUAUGCCAUAGGUAAUUAUUGUUUGCUAAACACCAACAUUGCCCUUAAACAGUCACUUUUAAGACUUCCGAUGAAGAACAUUCUCCAUCUUUCUUGAUUGUCUUUUUCAUUUUUGCUAAUAUAUAUAUAAGUAUUUUGUUAUCUAAUUAAUUAUGCUCUGAUAGGAAAAGCAAGGAGUCUUGUUGUUCUGAGCAAGUUACCAAAUAACAGUUUAUAUUUAAUUUAGACGAGUACUUACUUCAAAUGUUUAAGGUUUGUUCUUAAUAUCGUAAUGAAAUUAGGGGACUUCUGCUAUAUAUUUUAGUGCAGUGAGAACAGAACAUUCUUUUGUCUUUUUCUGGUCUACCUUAGGCCUUGCAAUGAAACUUUUCCUCAGAUUAUUUCAUUCUGAUUGUCAACAUUGCUAUGCAUAUACAUGGCAGUUCUUUAAAUAAAAGCAAAUGUAUAGCUAUAGAAAGAUACGGUAUUUGUAUGACUAUCAAAUUUAAUCUUUUUCUGUGCAAGUACCAUUUUUAUUUUCUGGUAUUUAUAUGAAAAAAGCUUUAAAUAUUUUAAAACAAGGAUAGGCUAUUUAGUUAAAUACCGAUUUUUUCUUGAUCUUGUACUUCAAAUUUUACUUGAAAUUUCAUUUAAUAUGCACUUUCUUUCGUACAAGAUAAUUUGGAAAUUUGUCGUGACAUAGAAUAAAAAGCGUUCCUUUAAUCGGUCAUACAAAAGUGCAAUAAAGUAGAAUAAAAUCAUUAAUAGGCCGUGCCUCGAAAGGUCGCUGUGACCAAAAUAACGUGCAGUUAUCUAAACAUGACGUCGUAUGGUUUAAUUAAAUGUAGAUCCCUACUGGCGGCGUCUCUGCGUUUCUAUUGAUUUUAUUCUAUUUAAAGUUUCCAUUUAUCUUUAUUUUGUUUCUGUCAACCACAAAUCUCUAAGAAUUGUCAUACUGCUGUGUUAAAACGUAUGAAUAUUUUGAACACUUCUGCACAUAUCCUGUUAACUAAUACGUUUGUGUAUAUUUACAAUGACAUCUUUCAUUUGGAAACAAAUUAUUUCUAAGUAUAUCUUGCAUAAAACUUGAAUCAAAUAUAUUGAACUACCGAAAACAUUCUGAAAUUUUAGCUGUUCCAGACAGUUAAAGAGAAUACCAUUUCUAGUGUUUUCUUGUCAUUAUCCCUUCCUUUUCCGUCACUCGCCAACUGUCAUUAUUUAUUUACAUGCUUUGUUACUGGCUUGUUCACAAUAUGUCAUUUAAAAUAAAUGUCCUAACUAUAAA